AAUAUCCCACGAUCGCAUCUUAUCCGCACGAAAUUCCCCAAUUCCAUCCGCCGCUCCGGUCCUAGGGUUCCUUCUCCAGUUCUCCGCCGCCAUCUUCUUCGCAGUUCUUCCUCGACCCGACCGUAGCUUUCCAUCAAUUCUCUUCUUUGCGCCAUGGCCCCUGCUUGCAUCCUGCUCGACCGCACCGUUGCUUUCCGCAGCCAUCCCCAAGAAACAGAACCCUUCGAUUUAGGAGAAAGAGCAGAGCGCGUGGUCGGCGCGGAAAGAGCGAAGGACCUGGUCGGCGCCACCACCGCGGAAUUGCCAAAGCUUUCAAGCCGUGAGGACAUCGAAGCAUCAAUUGCCGAGUACCUGCUGGCCAUGACGCCAGAUCUGGAGAUCGUCAAACCCCCGGAGAUAAGCUACCUCACCAUGCAGCGACCACUCUCAUCAGAGCCGAUCCCAAAUCACGGAUGGUCCUUGCGCGACGGCGCUGCCGCCGCCGCCGCCGACAAGAACUUGGUCGUCCUCUUCCCCGGCUCCUACCGCCCAGCCUACUCGUACAACCGAUGGUACUUGAUCUUGGACCUCGACGCCGACGCAUCUUCAUCUUCCUCCCUCUCCGCGAUCCCCGGUAUCCGCUUCGAGUACUCUGAUUGCUACAUGACCGCCGGCUACGGGGUCGUCAUCAUGACACGCGAAGGUGGCGCCUUCGUCUUGGCUGAGCUGCUCUUCGACUUCUACCACCGCCGCAGAGGUCCUUGGCUGGGCAUGCUCUGCCUCUGGCAGUCGUCGUUAUGCUCGUGGGUCUACAAGCACGGCGAGCUCCCCGCCGAGGUGUCCCGCACGUGGAAGACUCACAUGUCCUUCCCUGUCCAAAGCAGGAACAUGAACCUCUUCUGCUGGGUCGAUCUUCGCUGCGGAUUGCUACUCUGGGAUCUGGGACGACAUUGUGAGGUCGACUCGUCGGAUGACUUGUUGGACUUGUCUUUUGUUCCGCUGCCCCAUGGCAGCUCCAUCAGUGAUCAACACCCCCGGUGGUCGUCGAACCCACAAGAAUACCGCAACAUGUCUUGCGUUGACGGCACCAUCAAGUUUCUCAACAUGGAUGGCUUCGUGGAGCGUGGCCCAAUCUCGCUCGUUACCUAUGCCCUGGACCUGGAUAAGCCACCCCCUAGCUGGAUGGUUGACACCAAGCUGCUUCUAGAAGAUCUCUGGAAAGAUAAGACAUUUAUGUCCAAGGAUGUGCCACGGAUCCCGCCAUUGUACCCUAUCCUAAGCACGCUAGAACAUGAUGUCGUCUACCUUGCCAUUCCGGGUGAUGUGGAAGAAGUGGAAGGUUACUGGUUUAGGGGAGCGAAGCUCCUGCUUUCUGUUAACACGCGCAAAAACAGGGUCAUCUCUGCCACCCAGCAAAAACACCCAAGAGCAUUGGUGAGAUGGCGCUACAUCCUCGCCGCCAGUGUUUCCCACUCCCAGUUGGGCUCAAAGUAUCACCAAGGAGCGGUGGAAGCAAUUGGGAUGGGGGCAAGCGGAAAAAGGAUGAAGUUUGAAUGACCUCCGCAACAGAAUCAUGUGAAGUUGAAGCCUUUUGAUGAUCAGUCUCUUCCUUGAUGUCAUGCAGUUAGCAUCAUUACAUGGUCUUUCUUGCAGCAUGGUUGAAUGUCCUGUUUUUAAUAACUAAAUGACCUGGUCAAUAUUAUCACUACCUAUAUUGGAUAUUAGUAGCUGCGGUAUGUAAUAUUUACCGGUUGUUGUGUGGCACUUUGGAUUCUUGUGCUUGUGGGGAUUAUCUAUGAAUCAUGUACCAACACCGGUCACCCUUUUUUAUAUCCUCCCGUUUCGUGUUUUUAUUAAUGCUCAUUCAUCCUGCCAAAGUUUGAU